AUGGUAACUUCCGACUCCAAGAUCAUCAUUGUUGGUGGCGGUGUCUUUGGGCUUACCACUGCACUUUGGUUGGCUCGGAGUGGCUAUGGCGAUGUGACUGUCUUUGAUCGCUGCCAGUUCGACAAGAACUACUACAACCCAGCAGAUGGAUGUGAUGGCGCCUCGUCCGACCUCAAUAAGGUUUUCCGAAUGGCAUAUGGAGAUAGGCUCGACUACCAGAACCUAGCCAUCGAAGCCCGGGAUAUGUGGCUUGAUUGGAAUAAGCAGAUUAAGAAUAGCUGCCCCGAUCAACUCCCUGACGGUAUCAAUACCCAGGAUGAACUUCUCCUCAUUACCGGGUCGUGCUUCUUGAGCGAGGGAGAGAGGCUUCAUGAAUACUACGAGGCCAGUCUAUGCACGAUGGAGAGAACGGCGCCCGAGUUUCGCAGAAUGCAGUUUGUCAAGGACAAUGUCGCAGAUGAAGCACGCCUGGGCAAUAUUGACGAUAAAUGGGUCAGAAAGUUGCAUGCGCUGGACAAGAUCAAUCACGGAGACGUGAAUGGCUUCAUGGAUAUCCAAGCUGGGAUCAUGUUGGCAGACAAGUCUUGUAACUUUGCUCGAUUUCUGUGUGAGCAGGCUGGUGUCCAGUUCAUCUUGGGAGAUCCUCAAGGAAAGAUCAAGAGACUCAUUAUCGACCAAGCUUACCAGCACAGAACAGUCAAUGGAAUCGAAACAGAAGACGGAAGAACUCACUUGGCCGAUCUGGUCAUCGUUGCUGCUGGUCCAUGGACAUCGUCAAUCAUUCCCGAGGCUCAUCGAACCGUCGAGGCCACUGCUGGUACAGUCAUGUUCAUGGAUAUACCCAAGCAUAGGACGGACUUGUAUGAAAAGUUCCACCCCGACAAUUUCCCCUCCUGGUCUUUCCGAAAGGGACAAGGUGAAGACUACUACCAAGGGUACGGAAUGCCCAUCACGAAAGAAGGUCGCAUCAAGUUCGGGUUCCGCGGUCGCAAGUUCACCAACUUUCAAGACCAUCCAACGGAACCCGGGCUUCGCAUCUCGACUCCUCGGACCAAGUAUACGGAAAAUCCCAUCGAGACUGUCCCGAUAUACGGUCUUGCGCUCAUCAAAGAGCAACUAAAAAUGGCCUUCCCCGAGCUGAACGAGUUUGGGUUCCAGGAAAGUCGGCUGUGUUGGUAUACUGACAGUGUCGACAAUGACUACGUAAUCGACUACGUCCCGGGAUACUCGGAGUCCUUGUUCACCUGCACCGGUGGUUCAGGACAUGCUUUCAAAUUCCUGCCUAUCUUGGGCCGGCACGUUAAGAAUCAAAUCGAGCGUAAGGUCGAUCAGUUCACGCCCCUUUGGAAGUGGCGCGUCGUUCUGGAUGGCCAGGAUAACAAUGGGCUGUCAGACGGAGAGACUAGCAUCAGGAACAUGGUGGGCAUAGAGAUGGCCGACAGAGAGGAUUUCAAAUGGACCACCAUGGAAGAGCAAUUUGUCGGAUUGGUCUGA